AAUGACAUCACCAACAACAACAGCAACAUCAAGCAAUUUUCUCAAUAAUUUAAAAGAUUUUUGUUGGAGAUUUUUGGAAUUAUAUUUAUUCAAAUUUACAUUAUUUGUGCUUUUAUUUAUUUGUGUUGAACAUUAUUGUCUACUAAAUUUAUUUUGUAUAAUAUUUAUUUCAAUUGCUUUGUCUUCCUCAACUUUUUGUGUUUCAAAAAGCGUUACGUUUGCACUAUGUGCAUAUAUGGCUAUAUUGUUUGUUGUUAGAAGUGUUUAUCAGGUUUGGAAAUUUUUUUUUGAAGUAGUGUGCUGGGUUCAUUAA